AUGGCCUUCCCGGGCGCCGCGGGGGCGGCCGACAGGCCCGCGUCCCCGGCGCUGGGGGCUCCCGCGGCCGCCGGCUCCUCGUCGUCGUCCUCAGCCUCCUCCAGCGGCUCGUGCUCCGCGGCGGGCGCCGGGCGCCUGUGGGCCGCGCUCUACGACUACGAGGCGAGCGGCGAGGACGAGCUGAGCCUGCGGCGCGGCCAGCUGGUGGAGGUGCUGUCCCAGGACGCCGCCGUGUCGGGCGACGAGGGCUGGUGGGCCGGCCAGGUGCAGCGGCGCCUCGGCAUCUUCCCCGCCAACUACGUGGCGCCCUGCCGCCCGGGCGCCUGCCCGCCGCCGCCGCCUCCCGCCCCGCCGCCGCCGCCGCGGCCCGGCUCGCCGGUGCACAUCGAGUUCGAGCGGCUGGAGCUGAAGGAGCUGAUCGGCGCCGGCGGUUUCGGGCAGGUGUUCCGGGCCACCUGGCAGGGACAGGAGGUGGCGGUGAAGGCGGCGCGGCGCGACCCGGAGCAGGACGCGGCGGCGGCGGCCGAGAGCGUGCGGCGCGAGGCGAAGCUCUUCUCCAUGCUGCAGCACCCCAACAUCAUCCAGCUGCGCGGCGUCUGCCUGCGGCAGCCCAACCUCUGUCUGGUGCUCGAGUUCGCCCGCGGCGGAGCGCUCAACCGCGCCUUGGCUGCCGCCGCAGACUCGCGCGCCCCCGGCCCGCGCCGCGCGCGUCGCAUCCCCCCGCACGUCCUGGUCAACUGGGCGGUGCAGAUCGCGCGGGGCAUGCUCUACCUGCACGAGGAGGCCAUAGUGCCCAUACUGCACCGGGACCUCAAGUCCAGCAACAUUUUGCUCCUUGAGAAGAUAGAGCAUGAGGACGACAUCUGCAAUAAAACGUUGAAGAUUACAGAUUUCGGGCUAGCGAGGGAGUGGCACAGGACAACCAAAAUGAGUGCUGCAGGCACGUAUGCCUGGAUGGCGCCCGAAGUCAUCAAGUCCUCCUUGUUUUCUAAAGGCAGUGAUAUCUGGAGUUAUGGAGUGCUGCUGUGGGAACUGCUCACGGGAGAAGCUCCUUAUCGUGGCAUUGACGGUCUUGCUGUGGCUUAUGGAGUAGCAGUCAAUAAGCUCACUCUGCCCAUUCCAUCUACUUGUCCUGAGCCGUUUGCUAAGCUGAUGAAAGAAUGCUGGGAACAAGACCCUCAUAUUCGUCCAUCAUUUGCCUUAAUUCUUGAACAAUUGACUGCUAUCGAAGGAGCCGUUAUGACUGAGAUGCCUCAAGAAUCUUUUCAUUCCAUGCAAGAUGAUUGGAAACUGGAAAUUCAACAAAUGUUUGAUGAGUUGAGAACAAAGGAAAAGGAGCUGCGGUCACGGGAAGAGGAGCUAACUCGAGCAGCUCUUCAGCAGAAGUCUCAGGAGGAGUUGCUAAAGCGGCGUGAACAGCAGCUUGCAGAGCGGGAGAUCGAUGUGCUGGAGCGGGAGCUUAACAUUAUGAUAUUCCAGUUAAACCAGGAGAAGCCUAAUGUGAAAAAGAGGAAGGGGAAGUUUAAGAGAAGUCGUCUAAAACUCAAAGACGGACAUCGAAUCAGUUUACCUUCAGAUUUUCAGCACAAAAUUACCGUGCAGGCUUCUCCCAACUUGGAAAAACGAAGAAGUUUGCACAGUAACAGCUCUAGUCCACCAAGCAGCCCAACGAUAAUCCCCCGACUCCGAGCCAUACAGUUGACUUCAGAUGAAAGCAAUAAAACUUGGGGAAGGAACACAGUCUGUCGCCCAGAAGAAUUUGAAGAUGUAAAAAGGCAUUUCAAGAAAAAAGGUUGUACCUGGGGACCAAAUUCCAUUCAGAUGAAAGAACGAACUGACUGCAAAGAGAGAAUAAGACCUCUCUCAGACGGCAACAGUCCUUGGUCAACCAUCUUAAUAAAAAGUCAGAAAACCGUGCCCUUGGCUUCAUUAUUUGUGGACCAACCAGGUGCUUGUGAAGAGCCAAAGCUUUCUCCUGAUGGAUUAGAGAACAGAAAACCAAAGCAAAUGAAAUUGCCUAAUCAAGCCUAUGCUGAUCUACCUCUUUGCAAAGAUGAUCACAGAGAGAAUUCUGUGGAACCUGAAAGCUUCGAGGAGGGGGGCUCUGCAGGUUCUGCCUCGGGCACUCCUCAGGUGACUCCUACAAACAGUCUGAGUAGGGCACCCCAGAAAAAGAGAACAGAAUCUGCUCUGUACGGGUGCACCAUGCUGCUGGCAUCUGUGGCUUUGGGACUGGACAUUAGGGAGCUUGGUAAGGCACCGGCUCCUGAAGAAUUGCCGCUCAAGGAAGAAAAGAAGAAACGAGAGGGAAUCUUCCCACGUGCCUCCAAGCCCCGCAGAAGUGCCAGUCCUUUGACAAGGCUGCAGUCCAAGAGAGGGGAGACCAACAGUCCACCCUCACGCCCACUGUCGAGUGCUGUGAACCUUCUCUCCGUGCCUUCGCUUUCCACCAAGUGCUUGUUGCAGACCGAUAGUGAGGACCUGUCUGUGGGCAGCACGCAUGUCACCUGUCACCCAGAGAUUCCUGCUCCACAUCUCUGUUCUGCCUUCCAAGGAAGUUGUCAUGAGCCAACCUCAGCGUCAAGACUUGAGACUGAUCACGGUCUACUGAAAAAACGGUUUCCUUCCCCUGUAAAGCAGACACAUGGGAAAGUGCCUUAUUCUGCAUCUUCCCAAGGAAGAGCCUCGCAUCACAGACGGACCAUGUCUGAUGGAAAUGCUUCUCAGACCUCACCUGGUGCAACUAUUUUCUCAGACACUGGAACCUCUGAACUGCCACUUAGGCGGGCUGUGGGGCUGCUGCACCCCCCUUGUGCUCCUCACAAUAACUUGUCAAGUGAGGGCUCACCUGCAAGAGGAAGAGCUGUCAACAUUGUGCCUCGGCCUCGCCCUUCCUCCCUGAGAAGCCGAUUGGAUCCGCUGCAGGCCGCCCCGUGGAGAACAGAGUCUCUGCCUGCACAGGCAGACAGUCUGGUGGGUCACCAGGAACCAACCCCUCCCUGCCUCUCUGGUACCAAGGAGAGAAGUGAAUUGCACAUGCCUUCCUUACUGGACACGGACGUGGAAGGUCAGCCCAGGGACCACACGGUGCCUUUGUGCAGAUUGAAGAGCGGAACCAGCAGGCCAUAUAUAUAUGAGCUGGAGAAAGAAUUUCUGUCUUAAGUGCCUUAUACUGUUAAAGCGUUUUCCUUUUUUUAAGGUGAACAAAUUAAAACAGUGUGUCUACCUUUGAAUUGUUUCAUGCUGCUGUGUUUUCAAAAGCUGUGGCCACGUCAUCAAAGUAGUAAUGCAGAAUGUCUGGCUUCUCAAAAAAUGUCCAGGAUUGCUGUUCGCAGUCUAUAUUGAUUUUUCCACCGGAUUUAUACCGAGUAACUUGAAAUGCACAGAGCUGUAAAAUAAGACAUGUAGAGCAAUGUAAAACUAUGCUGGGUAGAAUUACGUUAAGUACAAUUUUGAUGCUUUCUUUGUUCUCAUUUGUGUCCUUGUCUAUCAAUAUACAAAAGAAAUUGUAAUGAUGGGAACUGUUUGUUUUUUUUUCUUUUUUUCCUCCAUUCUUCUUCCUUCUCUCCCUCUUUGCCUCUAUUUUUUCUUUCCUUUUCUUGUUUCUUUCCCUUUUUGUUUUUUGUGCAACAAAAAGCUGAGAAAGAGCUGUUAUUUUCUUGGUAUGAAUAAUGUGAUACGAAUAAGGAAAGGGUGUCUAUUAAAAAAAAAUCUGAUGACUGGAAUAGAUACAGAGUCCUAUUUAAACUACCUAAGCUUAAAAAAAAAAUUUUUUUUUUAAGCUUAGCAGUAGGCUUAUAGUGCAUAAAUAUUUCAAAUUCUCACCUAAAUUGUGCAAUGAUACUUCUCUAUUUGAGGACGUUUUACUGAAUGUAACUUAUGAAAGUUUUAGUGAAUGUAACUUAGAAGAGUUUCAUCUAUGAGAGCUCCAAAAUGGAUUUUCGAAAGAUCAGUCAUUGACAUUUGGCUAAGACCAUAUGAUAUACACACCUGAGAGAGGUUAAUCUGUAGGUACUUUCUGUGGAAAGGGUUCUUGCUUCAUCAGUAACCAUAUUAUGCUUGGUAUUCAGAAGCGUAAAGCUUUUUUUUAUUUUGCAGUACAAUUUUUAAGCAUGAGGUUACACAUGUCUAGCUCUGUUCACAGAUAUAUUGUAAACAUUCAAUGCCAUUUAAUUUUGUUUCUAUUAAAAAGCUUGAUUUUCUUAAUAGCCCUAAAUACAGUUAUAAACACUGCCAAGUUAAGAAAUAGUACUGUUAGAACGUAAGUAUUUUGAAGUUAUUUCACAUUUCACUAAUGGUGGAGAAAUGUAAGGCACGUGUUGAGAUAAGCUGAAGUGAUGGAAAUGACAAAUGUAUUACACAUUAUUUUUUUUUUUAAUAGGUUAUAAAAUGGAUCUUUGAAUAGAGGACCAGGAUUUUAAAUCAUUUAAAAUUAUUUAUGAAUGAAUUUUAUAAAUCAUGCAUAUACGAUACAAAUAAACUACUGAGUUAUUGAGCUGCAUCACGUCUAUCCAGGAAUUUUUAAAUUUCCGUGGGUUUCUUUUGUUAAGUCUAUUGUGUUUCCCUUCUUUCAGUAGAAUGUGAAUAUUCAAUUGACAGACAAGAAAUGUUUAAUUUGUUCCAUACAAUAAAAAAAAAAGUUACAGACCAUGCUUAUAUUUCUUUUAAAAUUGUGCCUUGGUUAAGGUUUACUGAAUAACUAAAAUUUCAGCAAUUUAAAGUAAAUUUUAAAAUUACGUGAAAUUUAAAAUAUCUCACCUGUAAGAAUAUGAAAAGGGAUAUCAUUGGAGCAUUUUGAACUGUCUUUGUCACCUAGUAGGUAUGCCCACCCUGUGGUGAGCAGAGCAUGGAAGUGUUAACAGCAAACGUGUUUUGCCCUAAGGAAAACGAUCAUGUGUUUCAGCUUCUUGCAGAAAAAUCUCAGGUACUUAUUAAGGUUUGUAAUAUCAUUGCCAGUUUUAUUCUUUGGCUUCAUUUCGGGUGGUUAUUGAAUUAUGCAAUUGAGAUUCGGUGUCCUCAAAAUGAAAUUAUGGUUGACUACUGUUGUAUUUGGUCAUUUGGGGUAUGUAAUUUCCAACUAAAAGUAAAGGAAAUGCAUGUCUAAAGUAGAAAUAAACUCAUGGAAGAAAAAGUGUAGAAACUAUGUCCUCAGUUUUGCUUCUGCCAAAACAAGCCGUCCAUGAGUGCAUGCAUGUGUGCACGCGUGAGCGAUAUGGGUGUUUGUCUUCUCCUCUGCUCUCUUCUGGCUCCCCUCUAGCAUUAUUUUAGUCAACUCUAUGUCCUGAUGAAUUUUAAAAUGAAAGCAUAUUAAAAAAUAAUUACAGUAUAUGCAUUCAAUCUCACACGUUACUGCAGCUCAUUAUCUUUGUGGAGAUAUAUUGUACUAUUUGCGAUUUUCUGUGUGUAUUAGUGUACCUGGCUGAAUCUGGUUAUUUAUUUUCGUAGAGACUUGAUAGUUGACUGAAAGAUGCAUUAAGCUGAUUACUGUUUGUCAACAAUUAAGGUGCUGCCACUGCAGAGCUUUAAGGCAUGGCCCUGAUAACACUGUUAUUAUGAAGCCUAUGACUGAGAGAGAUGUUUACAUAUGCCGUUUAUUUUUUUAAUAAACUUUUUUAUAGCCAGUCUAUUUGCUCAGCGCUUUGAUCUUUUCCUGAUAAUUGUGACUAUGGUUUGUAAUACUUUAUUUUGUAUUUAGUAAGGAAAAAUAUGUUAAUGAAAUAAAGAUUAUUAAUGCUUAAUAAGCCAGAUAUUAGCCUGCUCGAUUCCUUUAAGCUGAAGAUGACUACAUGAGUCAUGGGAUUAGUUACUUUAAAAAGGUAUAAUGAAUUGCUGAAUUUAAGAUUUUUUUUGGUACAUAUAUGCAUUGAAAAGUUACAUUUCAUUACGCAUUACAACUUCAGCUCUUCAGAAGGCACAC